UAUAAAGUAUCAUAAAAUGGAAAUUGUCCUUAAGUACUUGAGUUAUGGUGUAGUUUAGGAUGUUGUGGGAGGUUGCAGGACUCUGUGGUUGGUACCUUUGGGUGCUUUGUACUGAAGCUCCAUGCAGAAGAAGGAUUCUCCAGAUGAAAGACUUCAACAAUCAUUCCCACUGUGAGAAACUGAUUUAAGGAUGUCUGGAAAACCGACAGGGGGCGUCUCCUCUCCUCUCCCUCCUCCCUCCACCUCCCUCCACCUCCACCACCACCACCACCACCACCUCAGUGCGGUGGAAGAAGGAGGUAUUGGGGAUCUCCUCCUAGACAACAAACACACAUUCAAAGAGGGGCACACACGGAUUACGUCACACUCCCUCCGUGUGGAGGAUAUAACAAGAGGUCGCUGGUUUACUCUCAGUGCUUUUCUUCUCUGUAGACAAGGAGACAUCAGGGGAGCAUCAUGACGAGCCCGCGCGCACGGAGCCCGAGGACACAUCUGAGCUUUAUCAUAAUGAAAUAAGUUUCUAUUGAUGCUGCUAAAACUUUGUCUUUUUCUGUCACGGAUUUUUCAUCAUGGGAAAGUUUUAAGGGACAACUAAAGACGCAAGAGUUUGGAUACCCCUCACGCGUAAUUACGCACAAGAAAAGUGCGCACUGAUCUCACCAACUGGGACCUUCAGUGUGAUAAUGGAUCAGACCCAGCAGCAGUGUGUAGCCAUGUAUCUACUGGUGCUCUUCUCUCUCGGACUCCUCAUGGACAGGGUGACUUGUCAGCACUACUAUCUUCUGCGUCCCAUCCCCAGUGACAGUCUGCCUCUCGUGGAGCUAAAAGAAGACCCGGAUCCAGUCUUCGACCCUAAGGAGAGAGACCUUAACGAGACCGAGCUGAAGAACGUCCUGGGAGACUUUGACAGCCGCUAUUUGUCCGUUUUGUUGCCCCCAGUGGAGGACAAAUACACCCAUGAUCUGGAUGACUUUGAGCUCCAGAAGCCCGGUGGUGUUGGAGGAGUUCUGCCCAAAGAGAUCCGAGCUGUGGAUUUCGACGUCCAGUUCGGCAAGAAGCACAAGCCCAGUAAGAAGCUGAAGCGGCGGCUGCAGCAGUGGCUGUGGGCGUACUCCUUCUGCCCGGUGGUGUACACGUGGACCGACUUGGGGAACCGGUUCUGGCCGAGGUUCGUGCGGGUUGGAAGCUGCCUCAGCAAGAGGUCGUGCUCGGUUCCGGAGGGCAUGGUGUGUAAACCGGCCAACUCGACCCACCUGACGGUGCUGAGGUGGAGAUGUGUGCAGAGGAAAGGUGGACUCAAAUGCGCCUGGAUUCCGGUGCAGUACCCGAUCAUAACAGAGUGCAAAUGCUCCUGUUCAAGUUAAAAAAAAUAAUAUUUUUUUUUAUAUAUAUAUUUUUUAAAAUAUUUUUUUUAAUUUUUUUUUUUUAAAUACUUUUUUUUUUGACCUUUAUUUAACCAGGUAAAAUCAAUUGAGAACCAAUUCUCAUUUACAAUGAAGACCUGGACCAAGAGGCAGCAGCAAGAGACACAGUCCACACAAGCGACCACAAACAGCACAGAUACAUUAUAUACAGCAUGAGAAACAUACAGUAUGCCAUGACAAGACAUGACUGGCUAAUGAAUGGCUAAAAAACAGCAUAGGUAAAUAAAUAGGUCAGAAAUGAAUAAACACUAUGUACAAAAAAAAAGGUGGAUUACUGGAUGUUCAUUGUAAAAUUGUAAUGGGAGAGAGAGAGAGAGAAGUGAGGGCUGGUCAGCAAGUACAAUAUUAAAAAAGACUCUGAAUGAAUAAAUUAUAAGCUCAUUAUUUUUCUGUGAUUUUUUUUUUUUUUUUUUCAGGUGCACUACCAAGUGUAGGAAUGUAUUUGUCUUGUAUAUGUGGUGCCAUGCAGUUAUAUAGCUCCCCUGUACAAAGUCAGUAUUAUUUGUAACCAGAGCCUUUACUUUAUUUGUGGAGAAUAUUGGUUAUAUAUUUUGUAUUUAUGGAGACAUGAUGGCGCAUAGAGCCACGCUGUAAGGACUUGCUGUUUUUUCCAUAUUUUGGAUGAUGAAGCAGAUCGACCUCAAGAGUUAAAAAAGUGGAUUUUUUGAUACAUCCCUGUAUCGGUGACUUGUUUUAUCCUGUAAAUUAAGGAAAAUGUGCUAUUUAUUCUUUAUAUUCGUAUAAUAAAACGACACUGAAAUGACUUUAA